AUGCCGGAAGAACAACCGACGGGCGUGAAGAAGAGGACGGCGGACUCGCUGGGAUGGCUAACGGAAUCCUCCAUCAUGCCGCGCAAGCAACGCGCCAUAGAAGGAGUCGGAGCUUCCUCUAUCCUGGAGCUCAAAGCUCAGCUCUACUGGUCCCAAGAGGAGUCCAAGCGCAACCCCAAGGAGCACGUAAACGCCGCCGAUCACAGCUACGCUCAUCAUCUGGAGGUGCACCGCGCCAAGAAGAAUAUCGCCGCACAAGAUUCCUUCACCGCCAAGAACUCCGGCGUCGAUUCCCGUGCUGCCAAGGACAAGCUUGAGCUAAAAGCUGUCCAGGAUGGAUCAGCAAGCUAUGCAGCAUUGGAGAGGAAAGCAGAAUUAUAUAAUAAACUGGUGAGAGGAGAAUUGUCCGAUGAAGAAGAUCAGGAGAAGUACUGUGUUGACUUUUUCCGUAAGGGUCUAGAGCAGGAUGUGUCCCAUAUGCCUCAACAAUCUGAUACCUCUGCACCACAAUCAGAAGACACAGAUUGUGGUGAUAUGUUCAUAAAUAGUACAAAAGCUGCAGGGCUUGGACGAGCUUCAGCUACAGUCGACAGAAGUCAACAUAAGCAUUUUGUAAUGGAGGUUCAUGAAGAAGCAAAUCAGGCAAGAGAAAAAGUCUCCGAGCUCAAAAUGCGCAGACAAGAGCAAGCUGCUGCUCGAAGAGAAAAACUGAAACAGGCCUACCUACGAAAGCAACUUGAGAAGUUGAAGGCAUCUAAAGCUGAGCAGGCCUGA